GCCGGCCAGUCUGCAGCCCGCUUCCCUGGAAGCCUGCACGGCUGGGGCUGUGGGUGGCCCUGGGAAAGGAGUCCAGCUUCUUCCACAACCUUGUUCUCCACCCAACCUUUAUUUACUCAUUUUCAAUCCAUUUCAUGGACUGUUUGCUGAUCAAAAAAUCCAUUCGGUGUAAAAUCUUUUUAAAUUCUGAAAACACAAAGAAGAUGGUAAAAGUCACCUAGGGUGACACUUCCAAGAACUAAGCAUCGUUCCGCUUCUGGUUCCAUCCCCUGUCGCCUGCUGCUCACCGAUCCCCACAAAGAUGGCUGGCCCAUUCACUGUCACCCUCCUCUGUGCUUUGCUGACAGCUACGUUGGCUGGGGCCACCCUCAACCCCCCUGCAGUUCUUAGCCUCGGCCGAGAAAUCAUCAGAGAAAGGCUGACACAGGAGCUGAAUGACCACGAUGCCAUCGCCAUCCUCCAGCAGCUGCCCCUGCUCAGCGCCAUACGGGAGAAGCCAGCCGGAGGCAUCCCUGUUCUGGGCAAUGUGGUGAACUCUAUCCUCAAGCACAUCAUCUGGCUGAAAGUCACCUCAGCCAACAUCCUGCAGCUGCAUGUAGAACCCUCAGAUGAGGGUCAGGGGCUGACAGUCAAGAUCCCCCUGGACAUGGUGGCUGGACUCAACACACCCCUGGUCAAGACCAUCGUGGAGAUACACAUGGAAACGGAGGCACAAGCCAUCAUCCACGUGAACACCAGUGAGAGGGGCGAUGCCCACCUGGUCAUCAGUGACUGCUCCAACAGUCCAGGGAGCCUGCGGGUCAGCCUGCUGCAGAAGCUCUCCUUCCUGGUCAACCCCUUAGCCAAUACUGUCAUGGGCCUCCUGGUGCCAGCCCUGCCGGAACUGGUAAAAACUCAGCUGUGCCCCGUGAUCAAGGCAGCCUUUGAGGACAUGCAAGCGGACCUCCUGCAGCUGGUGAGAGCGCCUGUUUCCCUCGGCUCUGACCGCCUGCAGUUCGACUUUCUGUCUCCUGCCAUCAAGGGUAAUGUCAUCCAGCUCGAGCUGGGGGCCAAGUUGUUGGACUCCAAUGGAGAUGUGACCAAGCAGUUCAACAAGUCUGCAGUUUCCCUAACGGUGCCCUACCUGGACAGCACCCCCUUCAGCCUCACCGUGAGGCAGGAUGUGGUGAACGCUGCCGUAGCUGCCUUGCUCCCUCCAGAGGAACUCGUAGUCCUGUUGGACUAUGUGCUUCCUGAGCUGGCCCGCCGGUUGAAGUCCACCAUCCAGAUGAUCAGUGAACAGGCUGCGAAUCAGCUGGGGCCCACACAGUUGGUGAAGAUCCUAACUCAGGAGACCCCAGAGCUCCUUCUGGAGGAGGGCAGUGCCAAGGUGGCCCAGCUGAUCGUGCUGGAAGUCUUCGCCACCAAUGAAGCCCACCGCCCCUUCUUCACGCUGGGCAUCGAAGCCAGCUCAGAAGCCCAGUUUUAUACCAAAGGGGACCGACUUAUGCUCAACUUUAAUGAAAUCAGCUCUGAUCGGAUCCACCUGAUGAACUCAGGCAUUGGACUAUUCAACGUGAGUAUUAAUAGAUUGUCCCUGGGGCAUGGGGGACAACCCAGGACGGUUCAUUUAAAAAAAAGAGACACUGACCAAGAAUUGCUUGGAACAAGGUCACCCCUGGUGGGCUGGCCAGCCUCCACAUUAACAGCCACUAAGUCCAACCUCCUUGCUCUGGUGUUUGCUGAGCACCUACUAUAUGCCGGACACAGCUGAGAACACAGGCUCACA